CUCUUCAGGGAGCAGACCGGGGCUGGCCGGAGACAAAGGGAGUGGACGCUCAUUGGCUCCGACCGUGUGCGCACUGUUGUCCCCCAGCGAGAGCAGCUCAGCCUCUAUUCACAUGUUAAUGAGCUCCUAUAAAUACUAACAACAGCCACUCAGCGCCAGCAGCAAGUCUCGCUAGGAUUGCACAAUAAACACAGGUCGCCUCGUCUCGCAUGCCAGUUUAUCGAUUCCCCCCCCCCCCCCUUUUUGAAACCGGUUCCGUUUGCCAGCUGCCCCCUCGCUGACGACUCGGGAGGAGAAGGCAGCAGUGGGAGAAGCCUCAGCAGCGGCGAUCCGACCAACAUGGCUCCCUCGGCUCGGCCCAGCAGCACCGGACUUGAUAUGGAAGGAGAUGAGUCCGACUGCGGAAGUCAGAGAGCGGACAGAAAGACCAGGAAACCUUUGGUGGAGAAGAAGAGGCGAGCGCGCAUCAAUGAGAGUUUGCAAGAGCUGCGGACUUUGCUGGCAGAUACGGACUUUCAUGCCAAAAUGGAGAACGCAGAGGUGCUGGAGAUGACGGUGAAGAAGGUGGAAGACAUCCUGAAGAAUCGAAGCCAAGAAACAGAUGCACUCAACAGAGAGGCCAGUGAGAGGUUUGCAGCCGGCUACAUCCAAUGCAUGCACGAGGUCCACAUGUUUGUGUCCAGCUGUCCCGGGAUAGAUGCAACGGUGGCAGCGGAGCUCCUCAACCAUCUGCUGGAGUGUAUGCCCCUGAACGAGGACCACCUCCAGGAUGUGCUGAUGGAUCUAAUCACUGACACUUCUGGGAGUAACAGCAGCACUUGGCAUGGAGGUGAUGAGGCGCUCUGCACGACUCUGGCUUCACCUGGGGGAAGGAGUCUGUCCAGCGGUGUGUCCUCGGCCCUGUCCCCGGCCCCCUCCACCACGUCCAGCGAGGACCUGUGCUCCGACCUGGACGAGACCGACAGCGAGCACAACCACAGCUCAAUGGAGAGCUUGGAGAACAGGGAGGCUAUGAGCAUGCCUACGAUAACCUACCCACGGUCGAUGUGGAGACCCUGGUAGGGCACUGCGGUUUGGAUGGGAUGGAUUUCUGAUAUGAGGGUUGUGACCCUGGGCCUCUUACUAGAAAGGAAAAUUCCACCCUUUGACACAUGAACUCUUUGAAACUAAACAUUUUCGGUGGUGUACCUUGCAUCUCUGGACCCAUUUACCCCUGCUGAAAUCUGGCCACAUGCAUGGAUUUCCCCCCCCCUGGAUUUCCCACAUUGAUGUUCAAUAAUGAAACUGUUACAGAAGACACAGAGAGACCAGUCUGACCAAAAUGCAGUCAUACCACACAUCACUGUGCAUUUUGUGGAGGGACCAUGAUUGCACCUUUACUCUUCAGCCACCAGGGAUUGCAGCAAGUUUGCAGCUUUUCCUAGGCAUUCUGGGAAAUGUAGGACAUCACUCACUGAAGUAGAGUUAGUGCAAAGUGGAAAAGAGGAACAUCAUUUCAUCAGAAAAAAAAGAAUACUCCUUAAGUGCUUUGGAUUUCACUGAAAAAUGUCUAACUGGCUGUUAAAGCGUGGAGUUUUCCUUUAUCUCAUUUGAGGGGUCCUUCCUAUCAAGGGCCCAUGCAGCUUGGGGCCUCCUCAAAGUACCCCAGCCCCCUUUCCUUUUCAGUCGUGACUCCCCUGUCUUUGAGUGCUCUGUUGUGACUUUUCUUUACACCUGGAGCAAGACCACUCCUUCCCUCUGAACACUAACUUACACCCCAACGAAGGACGGACGAGGAGCAGUGCACACUGUUUUGUCAGUAACUGUGUAUAUAGGAUUUUUAUGUGGAGAAAAGCUCUUUUAGAAACUGAGAUGUUUGGCAAUGCCUCUGAUUAAUAUAAAUAUUUCUGUUGUAUUUCAUAAAACCUGUAGCUUAUUGGAAAAUUAGCCUCCUUCAGAAUGACCACUUUAUGUAAUGAUGUUUAGAAAUGCCAGUAAAAUGCCUGAAUUUGUUAAAUAAAAUAAUGUAA